UAAAGGGCCCGCUCGCCGCGCCGCCCUGGGAGCCGCUGCUGGUCCCGGCCUUGCGGCCUGCGGGGGAGGCUGCCCGGAGGAGGCAGCGGCGGCGGCAGCGCGUCCUCGGUCCCCAGGACCACGGCUUCUUUCCUGCCAGAGCGACUCUACCUUGGAAACCAGGGAUUCCCCUUCCCGUCGCCCGCCCCAUUUGAUAUAUGGGCCUGAAAUGUAUGCCAUCCCAUCACCAUCGGACUGGACUGUUCACAGCAUUGGAGAGACAGAGGUCCUUCAUUCACUCCAGGUCACAGGCUGUGCGUGUGCAUGCCGAACACUCACAUGCACACAGCUGGUGGCUCAGUCUGAUGUACCUGACUUCUCACACCCUCCCCCAGUCCUCCAAUCUAUCCGUCUGGCCAUCCAUCCGUGGGGGUCCGCAAUGGCCACCUUCAGCCGCCAGGAAUUUUUUCAGCAGCUACUGCAAGGCUGUCUCCUGCCUACUGCCCAGCAGGGCCUUGACCAGAUCUGGCUGCUCCUUGCCAUCUGCCUCGCCUGCCGCCUCCUCUGGAGGCUCGGGUUGCCAUCCUACCUGAAGCAUGCAAGCACCGUGGCAGGCGGGUUCUUCAGCCUCUACCACUUCUUCCAGCUGCACAUGGUUUGGGUCGUGCUGCUCAGCCUCCUGUGCUACCUCGUGCUGUUCCUCUGCCGACAUUCCUCCCAUCGAGGCGUCUUCCUCUCUGUCACCAUCCUCAUCUACCUACUCAUGGGUGAGAUGCACAUGGUAGACACCGUGACAUGGCACAAGAUGCGAGGGGCCCAGAUGAUUGUGGCCAUGAAAGCAGUGUCUCUGGGCUUUGACCUGGACCGGGGCGAGGUGGGUGCGGUGCCCUCACCGGUGGAGUUCAUGGGCUACCUCUACUUCGUGGGCACCAUCGUGUUCGGGCCCUGGAUAUCCUUCCACAGCUACCUACAAGCUGUCCAAGGCCACCCACUGAGCCGCCGAUGGCUGCAGAAGGUGGCCCGGAGCCUGGCACUGGCCCUGCUGUGCCUUGUGCUGUCCACUUGCGUGGGCCCCUACCUCUUCCCAUACUUCAUCCCCCUCGAUGGUGACCGCCUCCUUCGCAACAAGAAACGCAAGGCCAGGGGCACCAUGGUAAGGUGGCUGCGAGCCUACGAGAGUGCUGUCUCCUUCCACUUCAGCAACUAUUUUGUGGGCUUUCUGUCCGAGGCCACAGCCACGUUGGCGGGGGCUGGCUUUACCGAGGAGAAGGAUCACCUGGAAUGGGACCUGACGGUGUCUAAGCCAUUGAAUGUGGAGCUGCCUCGGUCAAUGGUGGAAGUUGUCACAAGCUGGAACCUGCCUAUGUCUUAUUGGCUGAAUAACUAUGUUUUCAAGAAUGCUCUCCGCCUGGGGACCUUCUCAGCUGUGCUGGUCACCUAUGCAGCCAGCGCCCUCCUACAUGGCUUCAGCUUCCACCUGGCUGCAGUCCUGCUAUCCCUGGCUUUUAUCACUUACGUGGAGCAUGUCCUCCGGAAGCGCCUGGCUCGGAUCCUCAGUGCCUGUGUCUUGUCAAAGCGGUGCCCGCCAGACUGUUCACACCAGCAUCGCUUGGGCCUGGGGGUGCGAGCCUUAAAUUUGCUCUUUGGAGCCCUGGCCAUCUUCCACCUGGCCUACCUGGGCUCCCUGUUUGAUGUCGAUGUGGACGACACCACAGAGGAGCAGGGCUAUGGCAUGGCAUACACUGUCCACAAGUGGUCAGAGCUCAGCUGGGCCAGUCACUGGGUCACUUUUGGAUGCUGGAUCUUCUACCGUCUCAUAGGCUGAGGCACAUCUGUGGACCCUCAUAACCCUCUUAAGACCCCUCUCAGGGUGCCACUGAUGGAGGAUGAGGGAAGGCCCUCUCUCUACUCCCUGACCCCCUCCAUCCUUGACCCCCAACACCUCAACACACACACACACACACACACAAAUCACACCAUUUCCAUGCCUGUCAAUCCCCACCCCACCACAAGGCGGGAAGUGGGUGGUCCCUGUUGGGGCCUAGGGGUGGGGGAUGCUUGGGGAAACAGAGAGGGGGAGAUCCAGGGCCUCCUCACCUUCCUUCUUCCUUUUUAUAUACAAUUUGUUACUGUCAAAUAAAACGUAGGAAAUAUACAGUAGGCUUCUUCUUCACUGCUCAGAGGCGAAUAGGAGUGAGUGAGGAAGGGGACACAGCAUAGAUAAAGGUUUGGAAGCUGGAAACCAUGAAGAGAGAGCAGACUGUGAUUGGUUCAUGGUUAGUUUAUGAUUGUUUGAUUAGAUGAAGAGCCUGAAGAUGGCAGGAUCCUGGUCCUGCUUGGUUUGAUUACGGCAGGGACAGAUUGCAUAGUUGGAUGUGGGGGAGGCCUGAUUGGCUGGAAAACUGAAGGAUCCCCAUUCUGAUUGGUUGCUCUGAGUGGGACACAGAGGAGAGCAAGAGAGAUGAAGGGUUGGUGCCUAUUUGUCCUUAGGACUGAGGGUUGUGGGUUCUAAUUGGAUGGGAGGUCUGGGAUGGGUCUGGAUUCUGAUUGAUUGCUCCAUCUGGGGGCCCACUAGUGGUUAGGCGUUUGAUUGGCUUUUUAGAACUGGCACACGGACAUUGAGGGUCUUCAUGCCAAUUGGUCAGUAGGACUGAGAGGCCUGGGUUCUGAUUCGUUCUUCUGACCUGAGGUCAGGAGAAGAGAGAAUGACCGCUGCUAUUAGGACUGAGGAGUUCUGAGCACUGAAGAGCUGGGGAGGGGGUGGUUGCAGUGUAUAGCAUGUGAUCUGCCUGUAACAGUUUCUUUGCAUCAUGCUGAGGGUUACUCCACUAAGAAAAGGGCGGAGGUGAAAGGAUGCAACACAACGCUAAUUUCACCAGCGGAAGAAGAGGAUACACACCUUAAUGAGUCCCUGUUUUGAUCGACUGAUAAGGGAAUGAGGAAAUUGAAGCCAGGACUCCAUGCAGAGUGGCUACGGAUCCAAAACGCCCACUAACCUUGGCCCGCCCCAGUCUCCACCCCAAACCUGACUCAGGCAAGAGAACCCAAGAGGGGAUGAGCCCGAACUGGGGAUGUGACAGAGCGCGAGAGCCAGCCUAGAAAGGCCCCGGAGCCCGUGUGGGAGGCCGCUGCCGUCGCGCGGCUGGGUCGUGCUGCGGUUGUCCCACUGGGGACUUGGCGGCGACUGUCCCUGUGCUGGUUUGUAGUGUGUGGGUUCAUUCAUCUGGUGAUCGAGGGCUGGUUCAUUCUCUACUACGAGGACCUGCUUGGAGACCAAGCCUUCUUAUCUCAACUCUGGAAAGAGUAUGCCAAGGGAGACAGCCGAUACAUCCUGGGUGACAACUUCACAGUGUGCAUGGAAACCAUCACAGCUUGCUUGUGGGGACCACUCAGCCUGUGGGUGGUGAUCGCCUUUCUCCGCCAGCAUCCUCUCCGCUUCGUUCUACAGCUUGUGGUCUCUGUGGGCCAGAUCUAUGGAGAUGUGCUCUACUUCCUGACGGAGCACCGUGACGGAUUCCAGCACGGGGAGCUGGGCCACCCUCUCUACUUCUGGUUUUACUUUGUCUUCAUGAAUGCCCUGUGGCUGGUGCUGCCUGGAGUCCUUGUGCUUGAUGCUGUGAGGCACCUCACUCAUGCCCAGAGCAUGCUGGAUGCCAAGGCCACAAAAGCCAAGAGCAAGAAGAACUGAGGAGUGGUGGACUGGGCUCGAACACUGGCCGAGGAGGAGCUCUCUGCCUGCCAGAAGAGUCUAGUCCUGCUCCCACAGUUUGGAGGGACAAAGUUAAUUGAUCUUUCACACUCAGGCUCAUGGGUGGGCACAAGAAGGGGAAUAAAGGGGCUGUUUGAAGGCACUGCUGGGAGCCAUUAGGACACAGAUACAAGAGAAGCCAAGUCUAUGAUGGUGACAAUUUUUAAAAUCAGGAAAUAAAAGAUCUUGACU